GAAACAUAAUUAACUUAGAAGAUCUUCUGUUUCCUUGGAUCCUUAACUUUUACAUCAUUACCAGACACAGACAAAAAAAAAAACGUCGGUCAGUCAUACGAUCAUGGCCUCUCUUCCUCCACUCAUCUUCUUCUUCACCCUCCACUCUCUUCCCACCCUCUCCGUCGCCGAUCACCGCGAAACCACCAGAUCGCGUUUCAAACCACCACAUUUCUCCCCUCUCCUCAUCUCUCCUCCAUCCCAAAACGCCACCUCACCUACUCGCUACCUCGAGGUCAAAAAGCCUCCCGUCCUCCCCGAUUCUCCGCCGCCACCGUGCUCUCACCACAUCCUCCACCACGAGUUCGCCUACACCUACGGAAAACCUCCUGUCCUCACCAACUACACUCUCCCCUCUCACUGCCCCUCUCUUGAAUUCUCCAAGAUCGUCCUCGAAUUCAAAUCCACUUCCAAAGGAAGACAGUUCGACCGCAUCUUCGGCGUUUGGCUCGACGGCGUCGAGCUUCUCCGCAGCUGCACCGCUGAGCCUAGGUCAAACGGCAUCGUUUGGUCUGUCCAAAAAGACGUGACUAGGUAUCACUCUAUCCUCGUCAAGAACCAAACUCAGACUCUCGCUGUUUACCUCGGUAACCUAAUAGAUAAAACCUACACUGGCGUCUACCACGUGGACGUGAUCUUCCAUUACUAUCCUUCUUCUUCUGGUUACAGCUCUCCUCGAGCUGAUAUGAUCCUCCCCGUUUCAAGAAACCUUCCCUUAAACGCUGGACUAUGGUUUGAGAUCGUUAAUUCUAGUUACAAGGAAGUAGUGAUCCCUAGGAAUGUGUAUAGAGCUGUUCUCGAGGUUUAUGUUUCUUUCCAUGAGAAAGACGAGUUUUGGUAUGGUAAUCUUUACAAUGACUUUGUUACCGCUAACAAUCUAAGUUCUCCUGGUAACGGACCUUUUAGAGAAGUUGUGGUUACUCUCGACGGCGAUGUUGCCGGUGCGGUUUGGCCUUUCCCCGUUGUUUUCACUGGAGGGAUCAAUCCUUUGCUAUGGAGACCCAUCACAGCUAUUGGCUCUUUUGAUUUGCCGAGUUAUGAUAUCGAGAUGACGCCUUUCUUGGGGAGUUUGUUGGAUGGAGAGGCUCAUAAGGUGGGGUUCAGUGUGACUAAUGCGUUGAAUGUUUGGUAUAUAGAUGCGGAUUUGCAUCUUUGGUUGGAUAAGGAGAAGGAGGUAGUUGAAGGGAAGGUGUUGGAGGUUAGGAGAAGCUCUCUUGAGGUUAGUUAUGCUUCAGACUUCAAGGGUUUGAAUGGUAACUUCACAACCAAGGCGAAAAGAUCGGUACAUUCGACAGGGUUGGUGAAGUCCUCUCACGGUGACAUUAUAACCAGUGCUAGUCAGGAGUUCACCUAUGUAAACAAAAUGGUUUUAGGUAAAGAUGGGAAUAUGCAGAUUAUAGAUCAGUUGAUCCAAGCUGAUGACCGUGUUCACGCCGAGAGAGAGUCCAGAGAAAUCUACACGGCGAAAUCCAUCAAGAGUUUUCCUUUUUACCUAUACUCUGACUAUUUGGAGGGACAGAAUCACACGUCGAAGGAGGUUGCGAAUGUCACGAUGGGAUUCAACGAGGAGAGAUCAUGGAGUGACGAUGAUGGAUUGAUGAGAAUGUUCAAGAGUAAGCUGGAGAAUAAGCAAGAAGCGCAAGGGGUUAUGGUGGUGAAGAAUAACUUAGUGGUCAGUGGAUAUGGGGGCACGCAACAAGUGUAUAACUAUGUUGGAAGUGACCAGUGUUACUUCCGGAACAUUAGUAGCUUCAACUACACCUUUCAAUAUGAUAAGGUUGAAACCAUUUGCAAGAAGAAAACAUCGGAUCUGACUUGACAUAUGAGAAGAGACAGAGGCCUUGUUCUUGCUUUGAAUGAGUUCAAGGAAGGAAACAUCACAAAUAAGUUUUAAAAAAAUAGUUUCCUUAUGUUUCUUAUCUUAUUUUCAGACACUAUGUCUCGGUCAGAAUUUCUGAAUUAACUGUCUUCCCCAUCAGCAAGGCUUAUCAUGUUCUGACUUCUCUGGGAAUAAACACAUGAGUAGCAAUGGAACCGGUUGAACAGGGUAAAUGAUUUGAUAAACCUAUUUAUUUGAA